AAAAAUGGCGGAAGCAGAGAAGGUUGCCUCUGGCCGGUCUGCGGUUAACGCGGUUUCUGGGGUAAACGACAAUUGCCAGGACAACGUCGCGAGAGAGAACCUCGAACCAGGCGUGUACCUGUACAUUGCGGUAUCCAUUCUGAAGAAUGCUUUCGUCGGGGUACCAGUGGUCCUGGAGAAGCCACAGCAUGCCAGGACAGGCAGGAAAGAGUUUACUGUCAGCCUGGCUAUGUGGAAAGAUGCUUGUCUCCUCGCCAUGUACAAAAUGGCGACGUCACCCCGCAGGAGCUCACUGCGGGGGACAUACAGAUCAGGGCAUUGGACAGUAUCCUUGAAGUCAAGGACGUUCAUGACACGGUCAAGGGUCUUAUAGAAGAUGGGCUGAGAAAUAUGAUAUUCGACUUGCCCGGGACACCCGUGUCAACAAGAGCAAGACAGCUGAAGAAAUUCCGAACACUAGAUGGAGGAGUGGUUAUCACCAUCAGUUGCGCGAAUUUCAACGGGACUGUAGGGAAAAUGCUCGUGGUCUGGGAUGGACAGGAGAAUCCUCUUCCCUUCAUACUAAAUAAGACUGAGCUGGACUUCGAAUGGUCGAAGAGAGGAGAGAAACUCAGCAACACCGAGUUCGACAAGAUAAUUGACCUUAUCGAAAGACUGCUUCAAGGGAUUCCAAAUUCUGAGAUGCAGCCAUUACCAGUGUCUAUGAGCAGGAAAGAGGACAUCAGAGACAAGCUGCUUCCUGUGCAGAACCAGGAAGAUGAAAACUCUGAUGACUCGGACCCAAACUCGGAUCCUGCAGACGAGAGUAGUGGAAACUACGCGUUUCUGGAAAUGCAAAGGGAGUUGGAUGGGGCCCCGGUAGAAUGGAGACAACAAGAAGAGGGCCUUCAGAUGAUCAAGUGGUUCAGGGAAGCAGAGCAUGCAGGCUUCCUCCCAGAAGAAGUCCAAGCAGCGCUGUUACAUUGUGGGAAUGCCAACCCUGUUGACUGGUUAAAGGCGAACUGGCGGGAGCUUGUGGCCAGCACUGCGGCACAGGCAACAGAGGAAGGGAAGAAACUGAGGGCGAACAUCGUUGGGGUCAUCACUACACAAGAAGCAGCAGAAGCUCUGAGGAAGCAAGAAGGAGACAUCGCCAAAUCCAUCAAAGAGUGCAUCGACAGCAGGCGGAAAAAGUUCGUCCAGAUGAUGCAGGACCAUGACUUUGAGCAGGACCAGGUACUGACCGCCCUACAGGAGAACGGCGGUGACAAAGAGAAGGCCAUCCUGGCUAUACAACGGGAAAAACUCCGUCCAUUCGAGGAGCACAUUUGGCGAGCAGAUGAAAAUCCCCAGCGCGUGGAGUUAAAGGAUGGUGACCAUGAGAGGAACGUACGGAUGGUGUUGUGCCAGUUCAGCCUCCCAAGCUGGGAAUGUGCGGAGACGGCAGUGGAGCUGAUCGCGAGUGAAGAGUACGACUUUGGUGACAGCAUUGCAGUGGUUAGAAUAUGCGACGAUCUGGAGACGUGUAAGGGAUACCUAAAAUACAAGUCUUCUCACUGUGCACGCUUCCCGUGGAGUGACCUAUCGUCAGCACGGCUGUCCAGAAUAUUACUGUCCAAGUUCCUCUGCAAUGCUGGGGACCCUCAGUUCGCCAGGGAGAGCAUAUACAGAAAAGUGAUGUGUAUGCUUCUUCACGCCCUCCGAGACUGCACCAACAAGUCCAACUGUCCUGUUCGCCGAGUCCUCACUGAAGCAUAUGCCGACUUCGUCAUCACCAGUGGCCAAAACGAGCAGCAGGCCAUACCACCGACUGUACUUGAGGGUCUUUGCCAGCGCGUUGAGACCACACUGGGACAACCCCUGAUCAACUUCAGCUUACCUCAGUUGCUGUCAGAUGAGGAGAAAAUCACACGGCACCAGGCGGAGAUGCUACUGACGAUCAUCGAGUUCACUCCUACCGGGUACACGGAGGCAUUGGAGGCGAUUCGAGGCGCCGGGGUCACCGCAGAUCUGCGUGAAGUGUUGCACGUGCACGGACUGAACUACCCUUCCAACGACUAA